UUUUUUUUCUUCUGUUCAAUUACUGAACAAGAAAAAUUAUUUUAAUAUCAUCAUCAUCAUCAUCAUCAAACAGUGGUUUUGAUCUGGCUUACAAAUAACAAACAACAACUUGAAGAUUGAAUGUCACAAUUUUGAAAAAAAAACGACAAUGAUGAUAUGAAGAAGAAAAAGAUAAUGAUAAUAGUGAAUAAGCAAAAGCAGAUUUUCUUUGUCAUCAUCUCAUCAAAUAUGUUUAUUGAAUUAUAAUAGUAUAUCAAGUUCAAGUACGAAUUUUUUGUUUGGCUUUUUUCUUUUGUUUUACCAUCAAAUCGUAUACGACGCCACUGUGUGUGAUUGACAGUCAAACUAACCCGGAUGUUUCAAAUAUUUUAAUCAUUGAAAAUCAGAUUUAAUUGUUUUUUAUAUUUAUUUUGCGAAAAAAAAUGACCAAUAAAAAACAACAGCCAUCACCGAUGAAUGAAAGACGAAUUCUUAUAAUUGAACCAUUCUAUGGUGGAUCACAUAAACGAUUCAUUGAAACAUUGCUUCCAUUAUCAGUGGAUUAUGAUUCAGUGUUGGCUCAUACAUUGCCUCGUUCGAAUCAUAAUAAUGAAAUUAAUAAUGAUAAAAAUCAACAACAAUUGAAUCAUCAUUCAUCAAAAAUAUCGGCAAAUUUUUCGUCAAAUAAACCAUCAAAACUUCCAUUAGGUUCAAAAUCAUCAUCGUCAUCAAAAUGGCCACGUUUCAAAUUUACAUUAGUCGAAAUGUCGGCUAAAAAAUGGCAUUGGCGAUCAAGAACUAGUGCACUGUAUUUAUCUCGUGUAAUCAUCGAUAAUGCUGAUCAACAUUUUGAUGUUUUAUUUACAUCAUCAAUUUUAAAUCUUGCCGAAUUGAUUGCCUUACGGCCGGACAUUGCUCGUAUUGCAUGGAAAAUUAUUUAUUUUCAUGAGAAUCAAUUAGCAUAUCCAAUACAACAUCAUAAGGAACGAGAUUUUCAAUAUGGUUAUAAUCAGAUCCUUUCAAGUUUGGUUGCCGAUAAGAUCGUGUUCAAUUCAAAAUAUAAUCGUACAUCAUUCAUUGGCAAUAUAAGAACAUUUUUAAAAAUGAUGCCUGAUUAUCGUCCACCGGAUAUUGAUCAAAUGAUUGCCAGUAUUGAACAAAAAUCACGUAUACUUUAUUAUCCAAUUCGUUUCAAUAACAUACCAUUGAUGCAUGCACAGCGUCGUGAGAAAAAAAUUUUGCAUAUCAUUUGGCCACAUCGAUGGGAGCAUGAUAAAAAUCCGGAAGCAUUUUUCAACAUUCUUUAUCGAUUGAAAGAAGAACGGCAAAUACCAUUUAAAUUAUCAGUUCUUGGUGAAAACUAUUCCGAAGUACCAAAAAUAUUUGUUGAAGCUAAAACACGUUUAGCCGAACAGAUUGUUCAUUGGGGUUAUGUUGAAUCCAAACAAGAUUAUUACGAAGUAUUGGCCAGUGGUAAUUGUUGCAUAUCGACAGCAUUGCAUGAAUUUUUCGGCAUUUCCAUGCUUGAAGCUGCCUACUGUGGUUGUUAUCCAUUAUGUCCAUCACGUCUAGUCUAUCCAGAGAUAUUUCCAGCACAAUAUAUCUAUGAAUCGGAUGAAGAACUUUUAUUGAGAUUAGUAGAAUUCGGCAAACAACCGGAUAAGAUUCCAUUACCAUUAGACAUUGCCUAUGAUGUAUUCGAUUGGAUCUAUUGCCAGGAUGAAUAUCGUUCAUUGUUUACUAAAUUUAAUCAUUUAGGUGAUGGUGGCAGUGAUCGUUCAACACCACAACAUUCACCAACACAACCGGCAUUGAUAUCAACAUUAACAUCAAAAUUGAAAUCAUCGGUUAUGAAUCAUAAAUGAAUUGAUGAUGAUUCAACUGCCUAAAAAAAAAAUCUAUUAACAUUAUGAUAAUGAAGCACCUCAUAUAAAAUCUCAUGAAACAUCAUCACAUGAAUAAGCACCAAUUUACAUUCGGAUUGUUUUACACUAUAUAUAUUAUAUAUUUAUCAAUGUUUGUUUGUUUGUUUUCUAUCCCCAUAUAUAUUUUAUCCCUUCCUUACUGUGUGCAAAUUCAUAUUGUGUUCACACUAAUUCUUCCCCUUACCCACACACACACACACACAUAUACAAUUAUCCAAUGUUUGCAAACCUUUGACUUUGAUGUUUAAUCAGAUGAACAACAAACUAUAUUUAAUGUUACACUCCAUUUUUUUUCCUUUUCACCUACCUACACAGAAAAUAUAUUUAUUUUGCAAUAAUUAUAUAUCAUUGUUAUAUUGUUGUGAUUUGAUUAAAACGAUAAAACCUUUUUCUCAAUA